AUGUCGCUCGUCUCCGGAGAAAAGUCGAACUUCCAGUUCAUUCUGCGUCUGCUCAACACCAACGUACGCAUUCCCACGAUCCGCCCGACAUUGCGCACCUUCCAAUACCCAAAAUUGCCUCCCUUUAUAUUCAGACACGCAAAGCCUCAGACGCACGCAUCGCCAGACGAGAAGAAAAGACCAAAGGUCAUGUACGCCCUGACCAAGAUCAAGGGUGUCGGUCGCCGCUACUCCAACUUGGUCUGCAAGAAGGCCGAUGUCGACCUUAGCAAGCGCGCCGGUGAACUCACCUCGGAAGAGCUCGAGCGCAUCGUCACCAUCAUCCAGAACCCCACCCAGUACAAGAUUCCCUCGUGGUUCCUCAACAGACAGCGCGACAUUGUCGAUGGCAAGGACUUCCAGGUCCUCGCCAACGGUGUCGACUCCAAGCUCCGUGAGGACCUCGAGAGACUGAAGAAGAUCCGUGCCCACAGAGGUCUCCGCCACUACUGGGGCCUCCGCGUCCGUGGUCAGCACUCCAAGACCACCGGCCGCCGUGGUCGCACCGUCGGUGUCAGCAAGAAGAAGUAA